UAUUAAUUUAAUUACUUUCUUAGUAAUGGGAUGCGGUGGUGGUAAGCCUCAAAAUUAACAAAAACCUUAACCUCUUCCAGGUGACUUAUUAGAACUUGUGUUGCCAAAUGAUAAAUAGUCUCCAUCAGAAAAGUUAGAGUAUAUUCUAAGCCAAACUGUACAAGAGUAUCUAAUAAAUAAAAAGUAUUAUAAGAUUUUAAUUAGAACAAAUUACGAAUAAUAAAUAACUAAUUUAGUAAGGUAGAUGUAAAUAAAGAAUGAAGAAUUUUAACAAUAUAAUGAUCAUUUGAUUGAAUAAUUUAAAAAAAUUGAUAAACAUAAUGAUAACACAGAAAUUAUCUAAUCUACUAUCAAUUUUUUAAGCUAAGAGUUAAAGUCGUUUAUUAAUUUGAAACAACAUUUUAGUGAAACAGAUAAUCAACUUUAACUGACAACUUUUAAAUUUUUAUUUGAUUUAUACCAUAUUGUAAUGACUAAGUAGUUAGGAAAAGAAGAAUAAUAAUACUGGUCUGGUCAAUAUAUGAUACAAUAUGAAGGAUAUCAAAACUAAUCAUAAAAUAAUCAAACGGAUUUUAAACUUGAAUUUCUAAAUUAGAUUUAAAAAUCACUGAAAUAAAAUGUUGUAAAGGCUACCGAAACUAUUUUACAUAAUUAAAGAUAAUAGUAAAAUAAAAAUAUUAUUUUAGGCAAUUAUUAUUAAUAAGUUAAUCUAAAGACAGAGUUAUGGCAAAAAAUAUAGAAAAUUAGAGUGAAAAUCUCGUUCAUUAUGCUAAGUAAUAAAAUUAGAAGUACACAAUUAACGUAUGAAAAUUUAAUGAAUAUUUAAUAUCCAAU